AUGGAGACUAGCCUAGACCUUAUUGAAAAAGUCAAACAAGAAGUCACCACUUGUUGCGAAGAAAGCAGGGUCUCAGUAAAGAUGGAAGGAACAGAGGAAUGCAAGGAGUGCGUCCAUGCACCUAUUUCUCUAUUUCCAUCUCCUUUUGAAAAGAAAGCGUUUGAGAAGGUAGAGUCUGUACAGGUCGGAAUGAACCAACUGUGAGUUAAUAUGAUGAAAAAUAUCACACGUGUUAAGGAACUUCUAUCAGAAAUUGGAGAAAAAGACGAGUGUAUAGGAAAUAUGCUUCGUAUUAGUAAGGCAGUUGAGCAGUCAGAUUAUAAGCAGAAAGGAUACCUUGGAAUCAUAAGGAGUGAUUAUAUGUAUGACUCUGAGACAAACGAACCUAAGUUAAUAGAAGUUAACACAAUUGCAUCUUCUUUUGGAGUGCUUGCUUGGGGUGCUAACCAGAUUCAUCAGGUCUUAGCUGAGAAAUCUUCUACUGAAAUUGAUAUGAGUAGGCUUAAAAGAACCAAGAAUCCAUCGGUUCUGAUUCCUGAGGGACUAAAACAGGCUUAUGACCUAUACUUUGAUACUGAAAAUGCAGACCCUUCUCUAGGAAUAGUCCUAUUGAUUUGUGGAAAGAAUGAGAGAAAUGUAAAUGAUAUUGGAAUCCUUAUCGAUAAUUUAGAGAGCACUUACCAAAUCAAGACUAAAUAUGCAGAUUUCGAUCAAGUAAAUGCUAAUUCAGAAGCAAAGGAAGGAAAGCUCUUCUACGAAGGCCAAGAAGUAGCGAUCAUUUACUAUAGACAUGGCUAUGACUCCAGCAAUUACGAAAAGGAGAGCGAUUGGACUGCUAGAGAGACUCUCGAGCUAUCCCAAGCUAUAAAGUGUCCAUCAAUUGACUUGCAACUUUUGACACUUAAGAAAGUCCAGGAGUUUCUCUCCUCGGAGUCCAUCUGGCAGGAGUUCAACGGAACUGAUCUAGAAGAUAUUAGAACAUUCUUCACUGGAAUGUGGGGGCUUUCUGAAGAUACAGAAGAAACUCGGGCUAUAAUCCAAGAAGCUAAAGAACACCCUGAAAAAUUUGUCUUAAAGCCUCAAAGAGAAGGUGGAGGCCAUAAUUUCUUUGGUGAUCAGAUUAAAGAAGAACUUGAAAAGAAAGAUGAACUUUGGCAAUACUCCCUCAUGGCCAGAAUCUUCCCAGUGUCCUUUAGAGCCAUUCUUAUGAGAGAAGGAAAAAUAUGGGAAGGAGAAUCAGUUAGUGAAGUUGGAAUCUUCGGUAAACUCUUAGUAAAACUCGAUGAAGAGCACACACAAGUCAAAAAUGAAGAGAUAGGAUGAAUGAUGAGAACAAAACCAAGCAAUACUGAUGAAGGAGGCGUUAAUGCAGGCUAUGCCUAUGUAGACUGUCCAUAUUUGGUAGAAGAAGAAGAUAUACAUAAGCAGAUUAUUUUUGAUAUCUAG